CAUCUGGAGUCUCCAGUUGACCGUAAUGGAGACCAACAGCAUCUGGAGUCUCCAGUUGACCGUAAUGGAGACCAACAGCAUCUGGAGGCUGCAGUUGACCCAGAUGAUGAUGCAGUCCAGCAGCACCUGGAGACUGCAGUUGAUGUUUAUGGAGAUCAGCAUGCCAUCUUGGAUGAGGAGAAUUAUCUCGAUGGCCAUCUUAAACAUCCUUAAGAACGUCAAAGCUACUCAUUUGCUCUGCGCAACCGGACUGGUGGUUGCGGCCGCUGGGACGGCAUACCUCGUCCGGCGGCUUCGAGAACGGGCGGAGCCGGAGGAAGGUGUUUGAAGUCUCACUAGAUAACAGCAUCAGCAUAGUCCUGCUCUUGGCAAAGAAAAAAGCGGAGAUGACUGAGCUGAGCCCUAAUGUGAGUGUUCCCUCCUCGGGGCUCUUUCAGUCUUGUAUAGAAACUACCCUGCCCAUUCACUCAGGACCUCCAUCUGUUUUUCUUCUGAAGGGCUUUCCCGUGCACACGAGACUAACCCGGGAAAGCACGACCAUCAAGCUGGUCGCGGGGAAGGUGGUAUGCUAUGCAUCCACAAGCAUCGUGGACAUUGCUGAGCACACCCCAUUCUACAAUCGCGUGCAAACGGACUUGGCAGCUUGGGCCUUUGUCAUGGGCCUGGGGCUGGAUGGAGUCCUGGUGACCUAUCACUGGGCUGACAUCAGAACUAAAAUCCAGCCCAAGGAGCGUAACCAGCACGGCUCUCAGGGUGACAGAGCGACCAAGCACUCGCCCAAAAUUAAAGGCCCUCGUCCAGGAUUUCUCAAGGCUCAUCAGCCAAGGAAAGAAGCACUUCAAACAAGCUCGUGCCAUAAUCCUUGGCAGGCUGCGAAUAGCCAACAAAAGGGACAUCCGUGCACCCAGCACCGGGAGCCGCUUAUAAUGUCUACAUGGCUGCAGCUGACAGGCAACGUCUGUCCUCAUAUCCUGGCUGUUGGAAACAUAACCUGCAGCCCUUAUAAAUAAAACCUGUCUUAG